CACGGCCAACAUCCACCGAAAUUCAUGGGAGAAAUUCGCGAACGAUUGGGAGUUUUGGUGCGAAAAAAAUGAGAAUUGAGUGGGUUUUUUUGGGGAAGUACAUCAGAACACCAAUGGUGAAGUGCAUUAGUAUUAGGGCUAAAGCAAAGUCAUGUGAUGUAGUCUCAUUAGGGCUUCGAUUCUCCCGCGAAUCCGUUUUUUUAUUUGAAAGAAGGUGGCUGGAAUUUUCGAUAAAGACGAUAGAGAGAAUUAAACAACAUUGACAUCAACAAUAGAGAACCUUCACCAAUUCAAACAUGUCAGACGUGAAUCAGACAAACCCAUACUAUUACUACGUGGAUCCAAAUGUUCAAUACACAAAAUCAAAACCUCAUCCAACUGAAAACCUUAUAGAUCUAUACAAUUUAUCCGGAAUAGCAAAUUCUGUGGCAAGAUUAAAUGAAGAUGGUACAAAAGGUGUUAAACUAAGGAAAUCUUAUAAGGCUCAUAUCAACGAUUUGUUGGGUAAACAUGUUAUACUACCGAAAGAUCGUACUAUAUCUCCAAUAGUGUUUGCCCCAGAAAGAGAAGGUGCUCCUAUACAGAUCAAAAAGAUUGAUGAACAGUUUUUGAGAUCUUAUCUAAAUUUUGAUAAAACUUCUGAAGAUGGUAUACCUGGGUUUGAUCCUGUUAAUCUUGCAUUAGGCGGUGAAGUUGGUCAAGGAACCAAGAGAAAACAAAAGAAAGGAAACGAAGAAGAUACAAAACGUCGUAAAUUGGAUGUUUAAACGUGUAUGGUUUACUAAUAAUAAUGAUAAAAUUCUGAUGACAAUUUAAACCAGCUACAAGCUUUUGUAAUCAUACGAAAUCUCAUUAAUAAAUAUAAUACAUAAUUUGCUUUUUUAAUGUU